ACCUUAAUCCCUCUUUCGUCGCCCUCGUCCCGGACGAGAACCUCAAACUCUCUCGUCUCGCGUCAUGGGAUAUUGGAACCCGCCUUGAGAUCUUGACAGAAGAAGACAUGCCUCUCAGUACGAGUAAUCGUAGCCAAGUCGCAGAUGUCAACGACGGCGACAACGACGACGCGCGGAACAGCGCCGGAACAGUCUCGCAGUCUGGCUCAACGACGUCUUCCGCAUUACAAGCAGACGACGGAAAGGUCGCGGCGUUCUUAGCGCGAUGCGGGUUGAAGAUCUCAGCCGUUGCCGCGGUGCACGAGUUCGCGGCGGCAAGGUUCCCAGGAUACAAGGCGGCGCCGGCGCCGUUUCAGGGGUACUGCUCGUAUACGCUGCUCCUCCUGCCGCUGGACAGGAAGGGCAGACGACGGGACAGCGGGGUUGAGGCCGGUGACGGGAGCGACGGCGGCAGCGGCAGCGGCAGCGCGAGCGCGAGCGCGACGAGCGGCGAGGACAGGAAUGUCCGUGGGGGCGGCAGCCUGCUGAUACAGUUCCGGCCGAGAAGGCACGCCAUCGAUGUCGGGAUCUGCGUGGAUGCGAGGGGUGUUUUUGGCGACAGUGUGGUCCCCGGCGUCGGCGACCUGGGCGCGCUGUCGGGGUUAGAGACGACAGACGCGGGGGCCCGGAACGGCGGGGAGCUUUGCGCGUACGUGCUGGAGAGGAUGGGCGGCGUCUCGCUGACGGAGUUCCGGGCGUCGUCGGCGACGCUCGGGGCGGACGCGCGGGCGUGCAGAAGGAGGGUUGUGGCGGACCUGGCCGUCGUAUUCGCGAACUCGUGGAGGGGACGGCGGGACAGGCGGGACAUCGUGGUCAAGGGCAAGGUCGGCGGGAGUCUGCGGUGGAGGGUGGAGGCCAUGGCGGAGGGUCUGCCGAGGGAGUUCCGAAGGGUCGCGAGGCGGGCGGCCGGGGAGCUGGCGGAGUUAGAAGACACGCUGCCGUGGGUCGUCACGCACGGGGACCUGGUGCCGGACAACAUUCUCGUGCAUCCGGCGCCGUGCGGGGAGGGCGACGACGGGGCGAGGAGGCGGAGGAUGGAGAGAGCGGGCGGUCUGGUGGGGCUUAUCGACUGGGCCGAGGCCGAGUGGUUGCCGUUCGGGAUGGGUAUGUACGGCCUUGAGGAAGUCCUGGGGGAAGACGUCACCAUUCCAGCCGCCGAAGAGGAAGAAGGUGGUGGAGGAGGAGGAGGCGAGGACCACAAGCAGCCAGGGGUCGCCGGUGGCGGGACGUCCGCCACGACAACGACCCGCUUCGAAUACUAUCCCGAGGCGAGCUCGCUGCGGACUCUGUUCUGGAAUGAGGUUGGUCGGGUUGUAGGCGACGAGGAGGUCACGCGCCGGGCGAGGCGGGCGCAGGUUCUCGGCGUGCUGUUGUGGAGGGGCAUCGCGUUUGACGACGGCGCGCUCGGGAGGGUCGUCGACGCGCGGAGGGACUGGUGGGACGUGCAGAGGCUGGGGGUCUGGCUGUUUGGUAACGGAGGGCUCGGGGAGGGCGGCGGCGGCGGCGGUGGCGGCGAGGAGACGGACGGAGACGGGGAGACGAAGAAGGGGGCUUGGGUGAGGAGGGUUUGGCGGGUGAUAGGGGGAUGCUUCAAGGCCUUCUAG